AAGCCAAGAAGGAACCGCCCAAAGUAUUGCAAAGACAAUAGAGAGCUUUCCUUGUUAACUAUUCGUCGCCUGCAGCGUGCCUGUUGCCGUUCUUUUGAAUGAACAUUCCACAGUCUCCAAACCAAACGAAGGCUUGAACCAACCAAACCCAAAUCCGAUCUGAUCAAAUAGAUGAGAAAGUCUCUCUCGGGUGCAACAUAAACUCGAAAGCUACAGUUCGUGAUACCACAUGGUAUUUCCACGGCAGCUAAGGAGCUUCCGAAUCCUGAGUGUCGUUUCCGCCCGACUUUUCAUCGACAACACAUUUCCCUUCGAAGAAACAAGAAUGCAGCUGCCCGAUCGCUUGCUCGAGUCGAUUGCUCUGGAUGAUAAAACUGAUGUUGACCUUGGAUGCACCCUGAGACAUCAUUUCCACCUGGAUGUUUUGGUCCGAAAACACCCGAAAAACAGUCGCAAGAACCUGAGAACUCUUAUGGACGUCGGUGAUCAAUGUAAGGAUCGAGUAGUCGUCCUUGCGGACGAGAUUGGAGCAGUCCUCGAGGUCCUCGAUGAGGGCACUGAUCUGCGAGCUCUCCUGCUUCUUGUCCAGGGUGAGUGAGACCGAGACCUCGGAACUCGCCAGUACGUCAACAGAGAGCUUGUGUUUCUCGAAAGCGCCGAAGACCCUCGCCAGGAAGCCGUAUGCCCCGAGCAUCUGCGUCGAGCAAAUGUCCAGAACGGUCACC